GGGUGUGAGCGUUCAAAAUUCUACUUAAACACAAACUGCAUAGCACAACGGAAAACUCGGAUGUCAGGGAACGUCGUGAUGAUAUAUCUGGUGUAAUAGUGCGAAAUACCGUUCAAAUGGAAACAGAAUUCUUGAAGAUUGCAUUAGUGUGCUUGACCUUUUUUAAUACACUAAGUGCAUUGGAUACGUCAAGUAAACAGGAACAAAAGACUCCGGGAUGGCAUACGCAAGCAUCGUCAACGAGAACGGUCAAUAAUCUGACGAAUCUAGUGUACCAGUAUUAUUUAGUUUGUGGUUCAGAAUACAUAUGUGAAAAACAGAAUUAUGGUUUCAUCAGGAACCAUCAACCGAUAGGUGAUUUGGAAUUAUGCCCGAGAUGCAGUUGCAACAAACACUGUGUUCAAAAAGGAGAUUGUUGCCCGGAUAUUAUGUUUUCGUUUCCGGAUCCGGUUUGUCAAAAUACGUCCAUAAUCGAUAACUUACUCAAUCCUAACAAUCAAAGUAAUAUAAUCGUGGCUUGCCAUGACGAAUCAUCAAAUGAAAUGAAAGAGAAGUGUAACAUGAAUUUUACUAAUGCCCAGCUCAUUCAAAAUCCGCCUGUAACAUCGGCUAAUUAUGCAUUCACAUUUCGUAAUAAGUAUUGUGCGGAAUGUAACGGCGUCUUCAAUUAUUUUAGCUGGGGUAUUAAUAUUUUGUGUGAAAAGUUUGCCGAUUUUAAUUUUCUCUCCACCUAUGGAGAAAUCAUGGAUUACGCAACUGCAGAAGCUUGCAAAGUAGAGUAUGAAGAGGAUCAGGAGUCUAGUAAGCACAAGUGUAAGCCCACAAAGUUCCAGCAGCCUUUUCCUAUAGAUCAAUGUAAUGUCACAGGGACCUGGCUCACAUACGACAGAGACAUAGCGAAUGCAUGUCUAUCUGACUACCAUCUUAACUAUAAAACAUAUAAAAACGUGUUCUGUUUACUUUGUAAUCCCCCCGUUUUAUCUACCGAACCUGUAACUUCCUGCAAUGUUUCUGGUUCAUGGUCACUAUACGAAGCUUCACUAAUGAAUGAGUGUGUCAAACUUAAUGCAACACAAAGCACAAUGCCCUACAAAAAUGUGUUUUGCUUUCUAUGUAACCGAAACAACACCAGCCGGUUCCGGUAUGACGAUGCCGAUGCAAUUAUUGAAUUAACUGAUUUCCGACCCUUUAUUUACCGAAUUCGUAUACUCGAGUAUGCUUUAGAUUAUUACAAUGACAUCCUAGGGUCUACUGGGAUAACAGAUAAUGAUCUUGUCGCGACACAUCUAAACAGCUCAACGUCUCUAAACCACACCAGGCUUAUUUUGCUUCAUUAUGCCAUGUUUGGCACAAAUUCUUAUUGUUCCGCAGAAUUUCCCGGAGGAUUCUUUGUAGAUUCGCCAUGUUCAUGCGACGAAAGCUGCCUUUUUAGCAGCUCAGCACCAUUUUGUUGCCAUGACUUUCUCCUCAACAGCACAACGUCGUGUUUGGACAGCGAUGUAUCAGGUUCAGAUCAUUUUGCCCCAUUAAUUGGCGCAAUCAGCGGGUGUAAUGACAUACCAGGACAAAACUCAAUCAGAUCUAGAUGCAGCAGUCGAAACGCGAAAGAUAUAUUUGGUAUGCUUCCAGUUACUGCUGGAGAUACCAUUUUCAAGAACUUUGAUUGUUUCAGAUGUAAUAAACCUGCCCAAAACCUUACAUCUCACUGGAAUUUUCAAAUAGAAUGCGACUCCUAUCAACAUUUCAAUUACUUUAUUAAAGUAAUGGACAUAAUUGAACACGCACAGCGUAGCAACUGUGUAAUUCGGAUGAUACCAGAGAAUCCGAACAACUUCGCGUUUCAAAUGAGCUCAAUUUACUGUAGUAAUCACUACAAUACCAGUAGAUGUAAUGUUACUGGACUUUGGUCGGCGUACGACAAGGACAUUGCGCUAGCUUGUGAAAGUUUGGACCUAUUUUUACCAAAAUACAGGGAUUUUAAAAAUGUGUACUGCUUUAUGUGUAACAGACCAUCGACCUCAUCUAUAACCGGUACAACGGUAGACACAUGUAUGGUUUCAGCAGAAAAUCAGUGGUACGGGGAAAACAUUACCACAGCAUGUACAACACUGCCAGAAGUACACGGAUUUAAACCAUUUCGGAAUAUAUUCUGUGCGACAUGUUCAGUAGCUAACGCGACGAUUAUACCAGAUAUCUGGUUCCCAAGUAUCACCAUGGGUGGACGACAUACUGUACACGUUGAUGAUGAUCAUGUGAUUGUACAAACAAGUUACCAGGACUUAUUUUCUUUUACCAGUCCAUCGGUGUCUGUAGAAUUGGAAGUGUUGGAAGUAGGGAAUGACGACAAUGUUAUCUACGAUAGAUUAAAUAACAGGAAACACAACCUGACAUGUUUCCCUGGAAAAACGCUUGUGGAAAAGAAAUGCCGACCUUUGCUUAAAAAUACAAAAAAUCUGCGAUACGUGUUAGCAUUUUCGUUGGAGGGUAACUCAUCCACCACUUCACCUGAUCUUUUGUUGAUAACUGUCAGAACAGAAAUAAAAUCAAAGAUCCAUUCUAUGGAUGGAUAUAUCACUUUCGAUUAUUUCCAUAUUGCACUAAAUAUUUCAUGUGAUGCAAAUUACAAUGGAAGUAUAGGAAUUCGAAUUCUUGUGCAUGCUUCUUUGUUGAUUGUGACAAAGGUGAACCGACUCAUGGCAGAAGAAAAACUCAUUAAUAUGACAAGGAUGAAGUAUAAUAUUGACAAUAGCACGUACCUGACGGCGGACCAUUCUGUUGACGCAUUCAUCCUUCCAGCGGUUCUUGGAACGUUAAGUUUUACGCGUCAAUGUUACAAGACAGAGACCAAACCCCGGGACUUCACUUUUCAGCAGACAUUCCGUCCAGCAGUUGUGUCUGACCUCUUGCUUUGCACUCAUGUUGUCUUACAGUCACAGGAUUAUGCAAUAAACAGAAUAGAAAUGAGUCUUACCCUGGAUAAAUCUAGAAGGUCAUUUAAUUCAUUAGAGUACCUUUUAGUUGGCAAUGAAGCAAGGAUAUGCUUGGAUGAUUUUCGAGAAACGUAUGAAAAUUAUUUGAACACGGAUGAAACGAAACCAGAAAUCAAUAUAGCACUCGGGAUAGUAACACUGAUAUGUACAAUUGUCUCUCUGGCUUGUCUUUUUCUGACAUUUAUGACUUAUUGUCUGUUUCCUGUUAUGCGAUCUCUACCGGGUAUCAAUAACAUGAAUCUGGUAGUUAUGAUGUUCUUUGCCCAACUGUUGUUUCAAGUCGGUUUUAAUCAGACCUCAAUUACCGAACUUUGCAGAACAAUAGGAAUCUUCAUACACUUCUUUUGGCUCUCAACUUUUACUUGCAUGAGUGUGUGUUCAUUUCAUAUGUACAGUGUAUUCGCUGGCGAACUGAUGUCUGGACGGCAGACAGGCAGCUGGAAAAAGAGAAUAAUGACGUACAUGCUUUACUCUCAUGGCCUACCUGCUUUAGUAAUUGUUAUAAACAUCAUCAUUCUGUCUAGUACGUCCGAAGAGGGAGGGAUUGGUUAUGGAAAUACAAGAUGUUUCAUAAGCAACAAAGUGUCUUUUUAUACCACUUUUCUAGUGCCUGUACUGCUCAUCUGUAUUAGCAAUAUCUAUUUCUUUACGCGAACUGCUUUAAAGAUAAAAGGAACUCCGAAAGUGGAGAGUACACAGGAGAAAAGAAACGAUUUUGUCAUUUAUGUUAAAUUAUUUUCGUUGACAGGUAUAACCUGGAUUUUAUUGGUAAUCGACACCUUAUUUAGUGUGUCAGCAUUUAGUUUCCUUGUUGUAUUUUUCACCGUUUGUCAAGGAUUGUUUGUGUUUGUCAGUUUUGUUUUAAACAAACGCGUUUUAAAGCGUUAUUUUACCCUUUGCUGUAGCAAGAACAUGUCACGUGACAACACAACGUCACAGACAACGAAGUCGACAAUGGCUAACUCAAGUACCGUCUGACCAAACAAACAAACAAGGAUGCUUAACGUAUACAAUAGUAGGUAUGGUUGUGCCAUACACUAUGGAAGAAGUAAAAAUAUGUAAAACAAAACAUCAAGUCGUUAUCUAGCAGUUAAGGCUCCAGUUGUAAAGGCUAUUGAGGAAAGUUGAAAAGAUAUGUAGGUCAACAUAUUUUUAAGGAUCGAAAAUAUCAAUGUGAUAUUGUAAACAGCUGAAAACUUAAUCUUAGAAAUAUUGAACGUAUGUGUGUGUUUUUUGGUGGAAUGUCUCAUUAGGGUGAGGAAGGCCUUUUUUGUCUUUCCAUACCCGCAAAAUUAUUCCUCAUUAAGAACUAACGUUGUUGACAUAGUUUCUAUAGAAAAUGUUACUCAGUCUACUUUUCUGAGUACGACAUUGCUUAUAAGACAACGUGACCUAGACCUAGACUUAUUAUCUCAAAUGGACGGUUCUUGAGCUGAAACCUUGCACCUUUUUUUAACGAUAUGUAUAUGUAUGUGAAAAUAUGUAGAUAUAUACAGAACAUGCACGCGUGAACUCUAAUUCAACAAAAGUUUUCCUGAACGAAAAGUCACACAUGGACCAAAUAUUUAUAUUUGCAAUAAUGGAAGACUUUUAGAAGAGCAGUGUGAGUGAAUAAUUCAAUUCCAAUAAUACAUGAUUAUUGAUCAGCAAAAAGAGUCUUUUCAUCGCAGAUUUGGUAAAAUAGAAUAUGACUUUUGAUACAUUGAUUUUUUCGUGCCAUUGCUAAAAAUUGUAAUUAAGUAUUGGAAACUUUUUUUUCCGGCAUGACCAUAGCUUGUUAUUUCAAUCAUACCUUGCAGGCCUUUUAUGAGAAAUUCUUAAGAAGAACUAACAGAUUGUUAUACAAUCGUUCCAGCUGAUUAUACUAUCCAAUCUACGGAAGUGGUCAGCACCAACAGUGCUGCACUUAUAUCUAAACGGAAGUUAAUAGGAGGUUAAUGUAUAUCGGCAAAACCACAGUGCAAUUAGACAGUGAUCCUCAAAUCAUUUGUUUGAUAAAUAGUACUAUUGUCCUGUGUGUAUCUCCUUUAUAUCAAAGAAAUACAGGCGUUAUAUUGUUUGACUGUAUUACACCCGGUGAUUAUAUCAUCCGUAAUCAUUGGUAAGUUGUUAAUAGUAUCAAGAUUGUUAACAAAAUAGACGUGAUUUAGUGGUAUUUUACAGGCAAUUGUAUCUCUUUCCUAUUGCUUCUUUUGUAUAAGAUUUUGGAUCAUUUGUAUCAGAUCAAUUUUGUUUUUUAAUAAGAUGAUGUGUAUUGUGUAAUGUGUAAGGUAAUAAGAAUGUCCAUAUAUAUGAAACAAGUACUUAAUACCUCGUUUAGUACAGUCACAUGACAUAAUAACGCUCUCUGAAUAAUCUCCGAUAUCAUUAUGUAAAUAAACAGCGUAAUAACAGAUCAAAAACUGUUAUUGCGAUGAAGAAUACGUUACAAUUACUCAAACAAUACAAUUGGUUAUUGUUAUUGUGUUGUUCAACACUUUGUACAAUUUUCAAAAUAUUUUGUUCUCAAGUGUUUUAUAGACAAAAGCUUUACAAGCCAUUGCUGUUGUAUCCUGUUCAGAUAUGUGUUGUUUCUACUGUAUCCUAGGUAUCAUUGCUAUCUUUAAUCUUCAUAAAACUACCUAACAUAUUUCGUCUAUUAGAUUUUUUCGUUUGCGAUCUAUCAAAAGGUUUUAGUAUGGUAAUGUGUGAUUUGUCAGAGGGUGUGAUAUAUCUUUCAAUGUCAAAAAUAACGUAAACCGUUUUUCUAAGAUAAGAAAGUAGAUUAGAUUACAAAAUAAUUUAACGAUAAAUACAAUUCCUUUUCAUGUUUGAUAAGCAGUCAUAUCAAUAACAUUACAUUUUGUUUAACAUGUCGUCGGAUUUGAUCAGUAGAGAUAGCAGACGAUUUUCUCUUCUUUUUUAUCUAAUUUUUCAAGUAAAGGUAAAUUACACAAACACUACAAUUUCACAACCGCUGCCCUAUUAUGAAUAGGAAAUCAAUAUAUUACAGUUGUACAUUUGUGACAGUUUUUUUGUGCAUUUUAUAUUAUUACAGCAUCCAUUAAGGAGUAUUUAAUCUCUGGUGACGUCAGCAGUAUGUGUUGUUUUGUGGUAGCCAUGCAACAAACUGUCAUGUAAAGAUAGUGUAUGAUGUAACCACAUAAACGUCCUUUAUGUAAAAGCAUACAUUAUGUAUGUAUGUAAAUAUAUCUCUUGAUGAGUAACCUUGUAUAAUGCUGUAUUCAUGGCGAGGGAUGCCCUUCCAUUGCGCCACGUACGUGUACACGAUCACCCAUUCAAUUUGUAAAUUGCAAUAUCAAUAUUGGAUUGAGAUUUUUUUUGGUGAAAAUAUGGUAUGUGUAUAUAAUUUUGAUAUGUAACAAACUUUUGUUUCACACGCACACAGAAAUAUAAACUUUCAUAGUUGGCCAGCAGGAUUAUUGCAUUGUUGUUUUGAUAUGAGACAUGAACGUGAUGUGUGAGAUUGGUUUUUCGUUAAUACAGAGGAAAGCAAGUUUUUGACGAAUUCAAUGUAGUUGGGAAAAAAUUAGAAAAUGAACAAAGGAGCCUAAUUUAUAUUCUACGCUUCGCCAACGAAGUGCACAUAUACAGGAAAUUAACAGAUUUAAGGAGUGAAGAACUAAUUAAAAAAGGUAUUUUGUCCAGUAGAUCUUUUGUAUAUAUUAAAAAACAAACAAACAAACAAACGCAUUUACUUACUUAAAUGUCUGAAACAUGAACAAACUCGAGUUAUACCUGCAUGCAAUAGUUCCGUUAAGUAUAAUCUGGAUACGCGUAUGAUAACAAUAGAAUGGCGAUGAUAAUGAAAAAGUAAAAGAAAAAGUUUAAGUCGCAAUCGACAAGCAGAUAAAGUGUAGCACUGGUUAAUGCUAGUCACGGUCUCUAGCUUGGUACUAAGUAAACAGAAGGUUUACACUGUGACAAGCAGUUUGCCUAUUAAGUUAUUAAUAUCGGAAACGAAUUUUCUCAUGUAGAACAUUUUUAUAUUUCAAGUAAAUAUCUUAUAACCAGUAAUGUAAAUUGGAAAUAAACGCUUCGGAAACACCUUAGUUUUCUAAAUUAUUUUUAUUUUGGUCAACAAAAUCGACAAUACCAUCGGUGCAGUAAGAAUCCUCGAUCGCCGUUGUAUUUUAGCAGUGCAUUGAUAUAAACACUUACCGUAUUCCCACGAAACCCAUAUAGUAGAACAGAUGGAUAUAUCGACUUUAUUGAAUUUAAACAAACUCUCCGUCCGUCCAAGAGGAACCACAGGCACGUUAUCCAAAUGUGUACCUGAUCAAUGACCACCUCUCUCGGAGCAGUCACUCCUUCCCUGUCGAUGAUUAUUAACUUGAGUAUAUAUAAGGCACCAACAUUUUGGCUAUAGAAGCUAGUAAAUGUUUAUCAGGAGGAAUGCAUUGCUUAUACAGCAUUGUCAUAAUAUUUACAUUCCGGGUUUUUUCUACCAAUAUUAUGAAAUGAAGCUGCAGUUAAUACUGAAAAAUUGGAUCGGUUUUAAGAAACCUGCUGCACGGCUUAUCUAAAACGUUUUCUGAUAAAAAGUCUGAAUCCAGGUUGAUCAACCUUUAUAAUUUAUGAUACGUUAGAAAUAAUAUUCAACAUUCUGCUACUUGGGAAGCAGCGCUAGGUGAGUCAGCUAGAGACUUCUUGAGCAGCUACCUAGACGGCAGGCAGCAGAAGGUCAGACUGCUGCUCGAGACAAACGAAUCGGCUUAGAGGAGGAAGGAUGUGUUCACCCAAAAUGUCCCUUAUUGGGGCACUUAUUUAUGAUAUUUCUUUUAGCGACAUUUUUUACUUUCGUAAGAAAAGUUUUUUUUAUAUAAUCAUGCUGACGGCAGUAAGCUCUCAAAGAGAAAAAUCGUAUAAACUGGUUCAAUGUAUAAUGGAACGAACGUCAAAUCCUUAGAAAUGUCAAGCGCUUCAUACUGGCAGAAAAACAAAUAAUAGUAUUAGGUCGUUAGAAAUCGAAGGCUUAGAACGUGGGGCUUUUCGGGGGGUUAAGUGUAUUUCAAUAUCUCUAUAACAAAACCUUGUAGAGAGGAAGGAAGAGUCAGAAAAGACAAAUUGGUCAAUAUAUCGAAACACCUCCACUUAUGUUAAAAGAUAUUUCAGUUUUGAGGCUUCUCGGGAAUAGAACAGCUUGAAAAAAGGAAAAUUUUGGUUGAAAUUUGAUACUAUUCUGCCGGCUUGCUUAUGUGUUUUCUGACAUAAAAAUGUGAGUGAGUUGUCCCCCUUGGGUUAACAACAGGUGUUUACAUAUUUCAGUGUGAAUUUUAUAGACAUUUUAAACAAAAUGUUAUUCGUGUAAUGCAAUGAGUUUUAUGCAACGCAGAUCGUAAAUGCAUAAAUAAAAUUGUGCUCAUGAUUGUCGUAUGAAUGGCACUCCAGAGUACACAUUAUUACGUUUAUCCUGUAUGCGACGUUAAAUAAAGUUUCUUGACUUUAGGUUUUUGAUUUUGAGUCCAAU